CUUAGAGCACAGUCUUCCCAGAUAGCUCCCUUAAGAGGACUCUGAGGAAGCAGCCCUCCACCCCAGGUCUCUCCAGACCCUCAUCGUCCCCCAUAUCCUAUUUGGGGCACAAAGGAAGGGGUUUUGUGAUAUGGGUAGGAGUCUGGGCUGUGGCUUGUCAUCCGGAUUCCCACAGUUCCCCCAUGGACAGCAGGGGGCGGCCCAUUCACAUCUGCCAGGGAUCCCACAAUGCCCUGCUACCUACCAUAGCAUAAGCUGGCCCAGAAGUUGAGAACCGUCCUGGGAGAUUGUGUGUGGUCCCAGACCCAGAGGGGAGCUGCUGGGUUUUAACUCCACCUGCCCAGCGAGCACCUGAGGCCACGUCUGUCAGAUUCCUACGCACGUGGCCAGUUGCUCUAAGCCUCCCAGUUGGACCCCGUCCUGUCCACAUGACCCCUGUUGGCCAAUGAACGGAGUGGGCAUGGCCAGCAUCGCUAGCAGGCAGAGCUCCAAGGUAGCAGCACUGUGGGGGAAGGCAGCUUCCCACCUGCCGGCUCCUGUGGGUCCUGGACGCCAUGCAACAGAAUCACCGGCUGGCCCACAGUGGUCACAACUGCGUGUUUCCUGUUAGACCGGGCUCUGUGAUGCUUGCCUGUAAUCCUAGGCACCACCCACCACCCCCGCCUAGCUGCUCCUCGAUGUCUCCAUUUAGGAGCGGGGGCGGCUGACCUCAGUUACAACUCGAGUUUACAGUGCACUAAGCACGGUCACAUCUCAGGUUGUGCCUCUCGGGCCUGCACAGUCACCUGCUUGGCUCCCCGCUCCCACCCUCACACCACAGCCUGGCAUCCCUAUGGUAGCCACCAGAGGGCGCCCGUGAAACCCCUCCCUGCAGCCCACAGGGCCCCGCCUGCCCGCUCCCUGUGCCCUUCGCUUCCUCUGCUCCAGCCAGUCAGUUCCUCGCUGCUCCUCCACUGCGCCAGGGCCUUUGCAUAGCCUUGCCUUUGCCAUGUACUGCUCCACCCUGGUCUUCCAUGGCUAAUUUGCCUGUAGGAGGCCUUGGCCACCCUAUUUGGAACUCUAGCUGCUCCCCCACUGCCAUUCAUCACUACAUCAUUUACUCCAAGGUUCCACCUUAUCCAUCUCCCUGCUGAAACGCCAGCUCUAUAGACAAGGGAGUCAGGUCUGCUAUGUUCACAUCUAAAAGGGGUGCCAGGCAGUAGUAGGUGUUUAGUGCAUACAAAGUGCAGGAAUGAAUGGAAGGAAACAGUCAUGGGAAAAUCUGGGUGGUUUCAGGAGCAGGCACAGCAGGUGCAAAGGCCCUGAGGUCAGAGGUAUUCAUAGCCACAGCUGGAGCCAAGCAAGGGAGGAGGCAGUGGGCAGAAGUGAUUUGUACCAUGAUUAAUCCAGGCAGAUGGUGCGGGGUGGGGGUUGGGGGUGUUGCCCGAAUCCUCUUAGCUCAAAGCCCCUAAUACUUCCGCUGCCCGCUGCAUGGGUCACCUCCGGGCCUUUGCUCCAGGCAGCUGCCAUGCCGGGGCUGAUGGGCGAGGAGGAGGCUGAGGGCCGGAGCCCAGGCCCACCCCUGUACGAGGACCACCGGCCCCCCCAGCUGGACGCCAUCCGCCUGCCCCGGCAUGUGCUCUACCUGCUGAUGGCUGCGCUCCUGGUAGUGGCCGUGGCCUACGCCAUUGUGGGGCACCUCAUCAAAGAUCUCGCCCACGACCUGGCCGACUGGGCUUUCGGCCCGAAGCCGGACCAGGAGGACGGCCCCCUGGAGCUCUGUGCCAGCCUGGCUGGUGAGGACCUGGAAGAGCUGGACCUGCAGCUGGCCUUGGCCUGGCGGGGCGAUGACGCCGGUAGAGGUGGCCAGGGGGCCCCCUCGGAAGCACCUUCCAGGAUCGCUGGCGCCCCUCCAUCGCCUUCAGGGCCCUACUGGUCCAGAGCUCCUGGAGGCUGGGCUGAGCUGGGCUGUGGCCGUAGACAGCUUUGUGCCCUGGGCCUUUUCUGCACAGAGACCCGCAUGGCGCCAUACCCUGCAACCCACUCCCCCAGCCCCAGCCACGCUGUAGGCAAUCUGUAAAUGGACACUAAGACAUUUUUUAAAAUUAAGAGUCAUCAGCCUUUUCUUUGUGGUACUGCAGAUUGCACUGAGCUCC